UCCCUGGGCGGGACCACAGGCCAGGGCCGAGAAGUUACUAGACGCCCCGCCCGCGCGCCCCUUGCUCCGGCCACCCAGGUUUCAGCUCACCAUGGUUCGCCGGCCUCUACAGUGCGUCCUCUGGGGCUACUUGCUGACGGCGGUCCACCCAGAAACAUCUCUUGGAUGCAGGGAAAAUCAAUUCCUACUAAACAAUGUGUGCUGUGAUAAGUGCCCACCAGGAGAGAAGCUGGUGGAUGAAUGCACAGAGUUCAAGGAAACACAAUGCCUUCGCUGCACAAAAGGCGAAUUCUUAGACACCUGGAACAGAGAGAGACACUGUUACACGCAAAGAUACUGCGACCCCAAUCUAGGGCUCCAGGUCCAGAAGGAGGGCACCUUAGAAACAGACACCACUUGCAUCUGUGAGGAAGGCCGACACUGCACCAGCGAUGCCUGUGAGCACUGUGAUCUGCAUUCCUCUUGUGGCCCUGGAUUUGGGGCCAAGCAGUUAGGUACAGGGGUUUCUGAUACCAUCUGUGAAUCCUGCCCGGAUGGCUUCUUCUCCAAUGUGUCAUCUGCUUUUGAAAAGUGUCACCCUUGGACAAGCUGUGAGAACAAACACCUGGUGGAGCUACAAGCAGGAACUAACGUGACAGAUGCUGUCUGUGGUUUGCAGGAUCGGAGUCGAGCCCUUCUGGCAAUCCCCAUCAUCAUAGGGAUCCUGAUUGCUGCCUUGUUGAUGUCUGUGUACUUCAGUGAGUUUCCAGGAAGGGUGUUCAGCAAGCCGGUGACGGGUAAGGCUAUCCAUAUUAAGGUUGAGCGGCAAGAUCCCGUGGAAGUAGCGGAUGGGGAUGAUUUUCUUGGCCACAACACUGCUGCUCCAGUGCAGGAGACUCUGCAUGGGUGCCAGCCGGUUACCCAGGAAGAUGGCAAGGAGAGCCGCAUCUCAGUGCAAGAGAGACAGUGAGGCGGUGCCUACCCAGGACGUGGCAGCAUGGGCACAGGGCACCUGGCCAGGAGAGCCUGGAACUUCUGCCAUGGUGGAGAUGACAGGCUGGCACUGACCAGGCACAGCCCCCUCUGCCUGCGCUGCUGGAGUCUGAGAGCAGCCCCAGCCUCAGCAUGAGACGCAGGACACAGUCCACCUCCGAGAAGAACUUCUCAUUCCAAUUCUGGAGCCAACUUUGUUGCUUGCUUUUAAUGAUGGAGGGAAUGAGCUGGGCAUGGUCGUGGUGCACGCCUGUAAUCCCAGCACUCGGGAGGCUGAGGCAGGAGGA